CGGGACCCCUCCGGUACCCACCGGGACCCCUCCGGUGCCUCCCAGGUACCCACCGGGACCCCUCCGGUACUCACCGGGACCCUCCGGUACUCACCGGGACCCCUCCGGUAGUUACCGACACACACCAGGACCCUACCGGGACCCCCCGGAUCUUCACAACACCCGCCCGCACCCACCGGGACCACCCAGGCGGCGCCGAUGGCGAGUGAGCGGCUGCGCAGCGCCCAGGACCUGCUGGACCUCACCUUCCAGUCGCUGGCCAUGCAGCACAUGGACCUGAAGCAGGAGGAGCUGGACACGGCCGUGGCCAGAGUGGACGAACUCUCCCGCCAGCUCGAGUCCCUCUGGACAGACGGGCCCGGACCCCCCCCCAGGGAGCAGAGCAGCCCCGGCCGGAGCCGCUCGAGCCGCCGGAGCCUCCUGGGGGACGGUCUGGAUUUGGGGGGGGGGCUCGGCGAGACUUUGGGGAGACCCCCGACCCAUUUUUUUGGGGGGGAGGAACGCGCCCCCUCCCCCCGGCCGAAGGUGCUGACGGUGCCCGGCCCUGGAGGGGGGGGAGGGGGAGGCAGAGCCCCCUCCCCACGGCCCCUCCGGGCCCUGGAGCUGCUGGGGGGGCUCGGGGGGUCCCCCGGGGGGGCAGAGAGACCCCCGGCCCCCCCCCCGUACGAGCUGCAGGCGCUGUACCCCUCCCUGAGCGGGACCCCCGGAACCUUCCGGACACAGGAUGACAUCGGCCUCAAGCGGCGGCAGAAAAGUUGGAACGAGUCCGACCUGGACGUGGCCUACGAGAAAAAAUCGGGGGGCUACGGGACCCCCGAGGCUGCGGCGCGGCCCUGGAGGGAAUCCAGCCUGGACGGGGCCGGGCUGGCCAAGGAGGCCCCGUUGGUGUCCGGCAGCGCCACUCUGCCCCGCAAUUCCAAACUCUUCCCCGCCGAGCGGCGGCCGCAGCCCCGGGGGCGGCCGGUGCUGGCGCGGGUCCCGGUGCCGCCGGUCCCGGUACCGGUUCCGGGGCUGUCCCGGGUCCCGGUCCCGGUGUCGGGGCAGUCCCGGGUCCCGGUGCCGGUCCCGGUGUCGGUCCCGGGGCAGUCCCGGGUCUCGGUGCCGCCGGUCCCGGUGUCGCCGGUGCUGUCCCGUGUCCCGGUGCCGGUCCCGGUUCCGGUACCGGGGCGGCCCCCCCGGCAGAAGGCGCUGCCGCUGUCGGUGAUUUUCCGCCUGCAGAACGCUUUUUGGGAGGGGGGCGGCCCCCGGGGGGUUCCCCCGUUCUGGGGGGCUCGGGGGGCGCCCCAAAAACUGCCCCCGGGGCUGCCCCCGGGACCGGCGGUGAUGGCGGGGGAAGCUCCCACCCGCCCCACACCCCCGGACCCUCCGGAGGCCGAGGCGGAGCUGGAGCGGCUCCUGCGCUGCUCGGACGCGGAUUUACCCCCGGAGUUACCCCCGGAAUUACCCCCGGAGUUACCCCCGGAGUUACCCCCGGAGUUACCCCCGGAGUUACCCCCGGAGUUACCCCCGGAGGGACCCCCGGAGGGACCCCCGGAGGGACCCCCGGAGGGACCCCCGGAAUUACCCCCGGAGGGACCCCCGGAGGGACCCCCGGUGCGGCCGCUGAGCCCGACGCGGCUGCAGCCGCUGCUGCCGCCCGAGGCGCGCCGCGUCCCGGAGUACCGGGAGGUGGCCCGGGUCCUGGCGGAGAUGCCGCGGCCGCUGAAGCGCCGGGGCUCGAUGGAGCAGAGCCCCGGGCCCGCCGCCGCCCCGGCGCGCACCCGCCACUACCGGCAGCUCAUCCCGCGCCUGCUGCACCGGCCCGGGGCCGCCGCCGCACCGGGGGACGGCGGCGCGGAGGUGGCGCUGUCAUUGUCGCCUCCUCCUCCUCCUCCUCCUCUUCCUCCUCUUCCUCCUCUUCCUCCGCCGCCGGUGGAGAGUUCGCCGCCGGUGGCAGCGGCGGUGGCAGCGCCCGGAGCGGCGGGGCCGGUGCCGGAGCUGCGCUCGGCCCUGCGCGACCCCUCCUCACCGCGGCGCCGCCCCGGGGCGCGGGUGCGGCUGAACCCGCUGGUGCUGCUGCUGGACGCGGCCCUGACCGGGGAGCUGGACGUGGUGCAGCAGGCGGUGGCAGAGCUGAAUGACCCGAGCCAGCCCAACGACGAGGGCAUCACGGCGCUGCACAACGCCAUCUGCGGCGCCAACUACGGCAUCGUGGAGUUCCUGAUCGCCAGCGGGGCCAACGUCAACUCCCCCGACAGCCACGGGUGGACCCCCCUGCACUGCGCGGCCUCGUGCAACGACACCGGCGUGUGCGUGGCGCUGGUGCGGCACGGCGCCGCCGUCUUCGCCACCACGGCCAGCGACGGCAGCAUGGCGGUGGAGAAAUGCGACCCGUACCGCGAGGGCUACGCCGACUGCUGCAGCUACCUCACUGAGGUGGAGCAGGGCAUGGGGGUGCUGAACAGCGGCGUGGUGUACGCGCUCUGGGAUUACAGCGCCGAGCUCGGGGACGAGCUCUCGUUCCGCGAGGGGGAACCGGUGACGGUGCUGCGCCGGCAGCCCCCCGAGGAGCUCGACUGGUGGUGGGGGUCCCUCUACGGCCACGAGGGAUACGUCCCCCGGAACUACUUCGGGCUCUUCCCGAGGGUUCGGCCGCAGCGGAAGAAAAUCUGAGGGGGGGUCCCGACCCCCCCCGACCCCUCCCCAAAUUCGGGACACGCCCCUUCGCUGGCCCCUCCCCCUCCCGCGGUGGCCCCGCCCCCUUUUUUGGGAAUUUUUUGGGAAUUUUUUGGGAAUAAAAACCUUUGGAUGCUC